GAAGCCUCAGGAUCAUCGAUAAGUAUGGUAGUUCCCAACGCCAGGUGUGGCCGACUUGCUUCCUCAAGUUCAUCCGGGCGAUGUGAACGAUGAUGGCCAGGACUUACUCCGGGCCAAAGAACAACGCUUUCGCGCAUUCAAUCACAUCCAGGGCAGAUGGGAACUUUCUGUGGACGGCGAUAGCGAUCUUCCACGCAAACACGCCUCCUCCUCGUGGCCGUCGCGCGACGGCUGCUCAGACUCCGCCGUCACUGCCGUAGCGUGGUGCUCUCAACUCUGGAAUCUGGAGCGCGACCACUGGGGCUGUGGGAGGCCCCUCUCCCUUACGUGGCCGGUCUAGACUGCCGCGAAUGCGCGAAGCACACCGCUUAUGUUUGGCGAAAGGAACAAGCCUAGAGAGUCGCGACCGGACCUGUGAAUGAAGAAAGGCAUCCCCUCGCCUCCCGCAGCCUGCCGGUCUUUCAAGCUCAGCAUGGCUGCAAUUCGUUCAAGCAUGCACAUUGCAGCCAAUCUAUCGCGUCGACGCAUGUGGACAUCCCCGAACCCAGCUGCUAGCACAGUUAUCGCGAUUGAGUUCGUGCGGACAUCUGCUACGUUGCGAUCGUGCUCACGCCGUGUCCGUAUGUGUGCCAGUGGCGAGCUAUGAAUGUUCCGGGCGGUGAUAUCCCAUCGGAGGAAAACACGUUUGGGCAACGUGUUGUUGCGGAAGAUACGAUCGCGCUCGCCCUUUUUAUGUGUGCACUCCCCCUGCGCACUGUCGUCAUAAGACCCGGAAGACCCUGCCCAGGCGCGCUGCUGCCUGAUAUACAGUCCGUGUGGCCUGUGCUGUUCGCGCUGCUGGCUCUUGCAUCCUGAUCCUAGUAUCCUUUGUUAUCGUGGGUCCGGCCUCUCCCACUCUGCUUUGUCCUCUGCUCUGCUCAACGAACUCUAGCAAGAUUCCUCGCUACUCGGCGCCGCCCCUGGACUAUCACCACCACCAUAUCGCUUUGCGGAUCCCGAGCGUCCGCUGCCGACCCCAGCAAUGCCUCUUUCAACGAUAUCCAGCAUGUCCUCCCCUGCACCCAGCCGAUACCCUGACCUGCCUCCAGCACGUACACAAAGUCUAUCCGAAUUUGAGGUCGAGCAGCGCAGACAGCCGUUCAGCCCCACAAAAAGCAGGAGAAGAGGUUCCGAUCCUGAGCAUGACAAGGAGAUCGCAUAUCGCUCAGCAAUCGCAGCUGUCAUCAGCGCAAAGGCGCGCCCUUUCGCCGUGUCGGGGCGGGUGCCUAUGGACCCCGCGCACCUGACUCUUUUCUUCCGUACACAGAGCGGAAUCAGCCAUUCGUUGGACUUUCCAAUCGAUGUGGACGUUGACAUGCCCCCCGCGCUAGACGUACUCAUCGCGUCGUGCCUGCCGCAUGCCCAGAUGAGCGAGUACGCCGAAUGCGAGACGCUGUUCUAUCCGCCAAACCUACCACUCACCGCCACGCUCGAGCUCGCAAACCACCCCAUCCUCGAGGCCGUGCGCAAUUCGCUCUUCCCCGCACUACCUGUUGGCCACUACCUCACCGCCAUCCGAGACAAGCUUGAGGUCUGGCCAGCAGGGGGCGGGUCUAUCAUCCAGCCUCGCCCGCUCGAUACCCGCAUCGCGACCAUCCUUAUCACGCUACCUGUGAAGUUCAAGGGCGGCUCGCUCAUCGUGCGUGGGACGGAAGGGAUCGAGGAGCGGUUCUCCGGGCGAGGGCGCCCGGGGGAGCUGGAGUGGACGGCGUUCAUGUCGGACUGCGAGCACGAGAUGCAGACGGUCAGGAGCGGGUGCAAGAUGACGAUCUCGUACGCGGUGCAGGUCAAGUCGUUCGGGCCCGCGGGCAUCCAACCCGACCCGCUCAUCACCCCGAGCGACGCGUUCCUCGAUAACCUGUCCCCGUUGCUGAACAUGUCCCGCGGGAAGAGCAUCGCGUUCUAUCUGAGUGGAGGGUACGGGGUCAAUCCUGGGGAGGUGGUCGCGGAGUCGCUGGUGCCUAAUCUCAAGGGCGGUGAUUCUAUACUGUACCACGCGCUGAAGCUCUACAAGCUUGCGCCCGAGCUCCGCUGGACAGCAGGCGGGUACAUCUGGCCCGUCGACCAGACGGUGGAGAUCGGGCUCGAGAACCCGGAAAGCCCAACGACGUCCGUCGGGCGCGGGUCGCUCUCGGGCUCGAGCAAUGGCUCGCGCGGCAUGCCGCCCCUACGCGGCCCUUUCAGCUCGUCUGCUUCGGAGCCGGGAGAGGAGGAGCUCGAGGGCCUGCGUGCGCGGGUUCUGAAGAGCGGGGCGAUCCCGAUCACCGACACCGACAUCCGCAUACUGUCGGACCAGAUCGCGUUCCCGGGCGUGAUCGCACGAGAAAAGGUGCCGUUCGUGUCGUCGGUAGGCGACAUGGAGAAGCUGGUGGUGAACGUGCUAUUGGUGGUGUACGUACCGUAGGAGUUGGACUUGGUCAGAGUUUCUUUUGGUUGGCUCGCUGUUGCUUUCCUCCUUGCUUUGUUAUUGGCUUGGUCUUGCGGACAUUGUUGUAUUACUAGCAGUGUAUCAUAGGGCCUUUCUGUCGUGCUAAUACUCUUGC